AUCGCGGUAUGCGCGAUCGAUUGGGCGGCCUGCUCGCGUUUUUCCUCUGCAAAUCAUCUUCCCCUCCUCAUCCCUCUCAGUUCCUCAGUUUUCGUACAAGAUUUGACCUCGCGGCGCGACAUUUCUCUUUCUCUAGCGUGCUUGCAGCAAAGAAGAAAAACAUGCCACCCAAGAAGGCCGCCGCGGCUGAGAAGAAGGUCCUCCUCGGCAGACCGAGCAACAACCUCAAGAUCGGUAUCGUAGGGGUGCCUAAUGUGGGCAAGUCAUCCUUCUUCAACGUUCUGUCCAAGACCGACAUCGCCAUCAGCGCGAACUAUCCUUAUGCGACGAUCAACCCCGAGGAGGCACGUGUUCCUGUCCCAGAUGCCCGUUUCGAGUGGCUAUGCGACCUUUACAAACCUGCCUCCCGAGUUCCUGCAUUCCUCACUUGCGUCGACAUCGCCGGUUUGACAGCUGGCGCAUCUACAGGUGCGGGCCUCGGGAACGCCUUCCUCUCGCACGUGCGUGCCGUGGACGGUAUCUUCCAGGUCGUCCGCGCAUUCGAUGAUGCCGAGGUCAUUCAUGUCGAGGGUGAAGUCGAUCCUAUCCGCGACAUGGAGAUCAUUCAGACAGAGCUCCGCCUCAAGGACAUCGAGUGGGUCGAGAAGCACCUCGAUGGUCUCAAGAAAAGCGGACGUUCCUUGGGAAGCAAUAGCCUUGCGGAUAAAGCAAAGAAAGAAGAAAUCGCGACUGUGGAGAAGAUUUAUAAGGUCAUUACCGUGGAGAACAAAGACGUUCGCAAGGCAGAUUGGACAAACAAAGAGAUCGAUGUCGUUAACGGCCUCCAGCUCCUUAGCGCCAAGCCCGUCACCUAUCUCGUCAACCUCAGCGAGAAGGAUUAUAUACGUAAGAAGAACAAGUGGCUACCAAAGAUCAAAGCCUGGAUCGACGAGAACAACCCGGGCGACCCACUGAUCCCCUUCUCUGUCGCGCUCGAGGAGCGACUCGCGGGCAUGUCCGACGAGGAUAGGGAGGAGGAGCAGAAGAAGAUCGGUGCGCAGUCUGCGCUGCCGAAGAUUACCACGGCAGGUUAUGCCAGUCUGGACUUGAUCCGGUAUUUCACCUGCGGCCCAGACGAAGUCCGUGCAUGGACGAUCCGGAGGCAUACGCGGGCACCACAAGCGGCCGGAGUCAUCCACACGGACUUCGAGAACAAGUUCGUGUGCGGUGAGAUCAUGAGUUACGACGACCUCCGGGAGUACGGUAGCGAAACGGCCGUCAAGGCUGGGGGCAAGCUCAAGCAGCAGGGCAAGACAUAUGAGAUGAACGAUGGAGAUAUCGCGUACUGGAAGUCUGGAGCGUGAUGAUAGAGCGAUAGUCACUCUGUAUAUUAUGGAAGCAGGUCCUGCUUGAAGAUGUCCUAAUAGCAUGCUCAGGCGGAUCGUAACUUCGCUAAUCGAGACUGAAUGUGAACUAUCUCAAGGUGUCUG